UUUUCUCGGUGGAAACAUGAGUCACCGGCUCUGAUUAGCUUACCAGUGACUGCGAACGCAGGAUCUAGUAUAUAAAAGAGGGAAUUUAGGAAAGAGCGCUGAGCAGUUGCUGCGAACGGCUGAAGGGCACGUGCGCUCGCACCCAUCAGCUGCGCUGGCCAUGGUCAUGGAGAGGUCCUUGAGAUUCACCCUGCUGCUUCUGGUAGCCAUCUCCACGCUCGUGCCGUGGUGUCCCGCUGACGCGUGGUACAAGCAAGCCACCGGGCCGAGCUACUACUCCGUGGGCAGAGCGUCGGGCUUGUUGUCCGGCAUCCGGAGGUCACCUUACAGCAGGAGGUCCGAGCUGGAAUCCGGGCUGGGAGUCGACGGAUCUGAUCCGCCUCCAGAGUCACCAAGUCAGCAGAACUCAGUCCUGAAAAAUAUAGCUGUAUGCGUGAAGGACGUUUCUCCGAACCUGGAGAGCUGUGUGCUCGCGCAGGACGGCUCGAGCGCGUUCCAGUGCAAAGCGGAAGUGCUGCUCUCCCUCGACCCGCAGGGCUGCGCGAGAGCCUGAGCAGCGCGCCUCCUCGGCUCGUGCCCUCGGACAGACUGGAGCGCGAGGGCGGUGAGUCACGGCGAUGGACGGAACGCUCGCAAUUGCUCUCAUUUUACGAAACGAAGCGAAACGAAAUAAAGCUGGGCGUGUGAGAAAUAUCCGACGCCGCCACGAGCUGGAAAAAUGUACUUCUUACUGCAAAAUGUACGACAAUAAAUUAUGUACUGUUGCGCAUUCUUUCACUUUGGCUUUUCACCAUUGAAAUAUUACAUUUAGACGUGUGUGUGCAGCGACCUUGCCCAACUUGAAGUUAUUCUGUAAGAUCCUGUUUCUGUCAGGCUGAGUUAGUGCUUGAAACCGUGUCUUUGUUUGUUUGAAAAUUAUUUUGUACCGAGUUGCCACCCAUUUUCACUGUAGAACGUUUUUAUUUUGAUGUAAAUUAUUGCAUAACUGAAGGUAUCGACUGAAGCACAAUGUUGUAUCACACAGCCUUUGAUGAUAUUGUAAACACUGCAGCAAAAUUCAUGUGAUUCAACAAAACAGCACAUUCCAUCAGUGCUUUAGUAUCUGGUCAUACUUGAAAAUAUACAGA